AUUGUUUGCUGGUCCGGAAGUAGGUGAUUCCUGGGGCUGGUGCUAGUACAAGUCUGUUGGCGGUUCUAUGGAAGAGAUGUCAGGAGAGAGCGUGGUGAGCUCGGCAGUGCCGGCGGCUACAACCCGGACCACCUCCUUCAAGGGCUCCAGUCCCAGCUCCAAGUAUGUGAAGCUGAAUGUGGGCGGGGCGCUCUACUACACCACCAUGCAGACCCUCACCAAGCAGGACACCAUGCUCAAGGCCAUGUUCAGCGGCAGGAUGGAGGUCCUCACAGACAGUGAAGGCUGGAUCCUCAUUGACCGGUGUGGGAAACACUUUGGGACGAUUCUGAACUACCUUAGAGACGGUGCAGUGCCACUCCCAGAGAGUCGUCGGGAGACUGAGGAGCUAAUGGCUGAGGCCAAGUACUAUCUGGUCCAGGGCCUGGCUGAUGAGUGUCAGGCUGCCCUGCAGAACAAAGAGUCAUACGAGCCGUUCUGUAAAGUUCCUCUGGUGACAUCAUUGAAGGAAGAACAAAGACUCAUCGCCACCUCUAAUAAGCCCACUGUCAAACUCUUAUACAACAGAAGCAACAACAAAUACUCCUACACAAGUAACUCUGACGACAACAUGCUGAAGAACAUUGAGCUGUUUGACAAGCUGUCGCUGCGCUUCAACAACCGCGUGCUCUUCAUCAAGGAUGUGAUCGGCGACGAGAUCUGCUGCUGGUCCUUCUACGGCCAGGGCCGCAAGAUCGCUGAGGUGUGCUGCACCUCCAUCGUCUACGCCACAGAGAAGAAGCAGACCAAGGUGGAGUUCCCUGAGGCACGGAUCUACGAGGAGACCCUCAACAUCCUGCUGUAUGAGUCCCAGGAUGGGAGGGGUCCUGACAACGCUCUGCUGGAGGCCACGGGGGGCGCCGCUGGCCGCUCGCACCACCUGGACGAGGACGAGGAGCGCAUUGACAGGGUCCGCAGGAUCCACGUCAAGCGACCCGACGAUCGCACACACCACCACCAGUAACCCCUGACUGACCAACCCCCUCAACCAUCCAAAGCCCAGCCCAUCCCUGUACAUCUGAUCCUGGACUCUCAGUGACCAACCCCCUCGACCAUGACCAUCCAAAGCCCAGCCCAUCCCUGUACAUCUGAUCCUGGACUCUCAGUGACCAACCCCCUCGACCAUGACCAUCCAAAGCCCAGCCCAUCCCUGGACAUCUGAUCCUGGACUCUCAGUGACCAACCCCCUCGACCAUGACCAUCCAAAGCCCAGCCCAUCCCUGGACAUCUGAUCCUGGACUCUCAGUGACCAACCCCCUCGACCAUGACCAUCCAAAGCCCAUCCCUGUACAUCUGAUCCUGGACUCUCAGUGACCAACCCCCUCGACCAUGACCAUCCAAAGCCCAGCCCAUCCCUGUACAUCUGAUCCUGGACUCUCAGUGGACCAUGUGUGUGCCUUACUUCCAACACCCAGCACUUCUCUCUCUUCUUCCCCCACUCCUACUCUCACCCGUCCCCCACAGCGGGAGCCCACUGCUGAGGAGAGACGAGUGGAGGCUUCGUGUGAAGUGGUAAAGUUGUUUCAUGUGUGUUUACAUGUAGGCCAUCUUGUUUUGUGUAGUGCCCUGAGGAAGAAUGUCUGAGUCAUCCAAAAUUGUUUGGGUGUUUAGUGUGAAGUGGCUCAGGGGGUGGUGGAUGCUGAGUUUGGAGGUGUUAUUGUUUUUUCUACUAUGUGUGAAAAUGAAUUGGAUUAUGAAUGGACAUUUUACAUUUACAUUUUAGUAAUUUAGCAGACGCUCUUAUCCAGAGCGACUUACAGUGAGUGCAUACAU